UGGGGGCUCGUGGAGUGAACGAUAAAAUCUUAUCGUGUUUUCAAAACGCAAAUCUUCCUCUUUUUAAAACAGUUGCGGCUGUUCCACGUUGUAUUUCGGGAACCAACCAAAAAUUGAAACGCCGGAGUAUUUCACCUUUGCUUUGAAAGUCCGGAUCUUUACGUGACGAAGACCUGUUGACACUUUUGUUGUCGUUUCUCGUUAAAUGGAGAAGAUGCUUUUCACGGUCUUUUUGGUGUUCGCUGGGCUGUCUAUGGUACAGAGUGCCUGUCCUUCACAAUGCAAGUGCCCUGCAGAGCCCGUGCGCUGCCCACCCGGGGUGAGUGCGGUACCGGACGGCUGCGGCUGCUGUAAAGUGUGCGCCCGUCAACUGAACGAGGACUGCGGCCCCCAGCAGCCGUGCGACCACCACAAGGGGCUGGAGUGCAACUUCGGGGCUGACCACCGUAGCAAUCGAGGCAUCUGCCGAGCCAAGCUGGAGGGCCGAACGUGCGAAUACAACAGCAGGAUUUAUCAGAACGGUGAAAACUUCCAGCCGAACUGCAAACACCAGUGCACCUGCAUCGACGGGGCAGUGGGCUGCGUGCCGCUGUGUCCCACCGAGUUUCCCCUGGUAUCGGCCAGCUGCCCCCACCCACGCCUGGUGAAAGUGCCCGGCCAGUGCUGCGAGAAGUUUGUUUGUGACAAGGAGCCGAAGAAGCCCUACAAGGGAAUGCACAUCAGUGGGGUGCCAUAUUACGGCCACAGCAACGAGCUCUACGACUUUGGCAAGACGCAGGGGUACAAGCACAUGGCAGCUUGGAGGCCUUUACUCAGUGGCCGGUCCCUGCAAAAGAAAUGCAUCCUGCAGACCACCGACUGGUCCCAGUGCUCCCGGAGCUGCGGGAUGGGGGUGUCCACGCGCAUCACCAACGACAACGCCCAGUGCAAGCUUGUGAAGGAGACGCGGCUGUGCAACAUCCGGCCCUGCUACCAGGCUUAUGUCGGCAAGCUCAAGAAAGGUAAGAAGUGCACCCGGACCAGGAAGGCGCAAGAGCCAACUCGGCUGAGUUACGCGGGCUGCAAGAGCCUCCGCCGCUUCCAGCCCAACUUCUGCGGCGUGUGCGUGGACGGCCGCUGCUGCGCCCCCCAGAAGACGCGGACGGUGAGCGUGCGUUUCCUCUGCGAAGACGGCGACUCCUUUGAGCGCAAGGUCAUGAUGAUCCAGUCGUGCAAGUGCAGCGACGACUGCGGCUACCUCAACGAGGCCGGGCUGCAGCCAUCUUACCGGCUCUACGGAGACAUGCACAAAUUCACGGACUAGGAGGUCUCCCUUCCUUCUUUCCUUCCUUCCUUCCUUUCUUUCUCGAGGACUUUUUUUUUUUUUUUUUUGGUUUGUUUUAAAGAGAUAAGAAGGAAAGCAGGUGCACUGAUCACAGAGGUGCCCGUGAUAAGAAACCCAAGGGACAGACCAAGCCUGGGCCCAUGAAGGCCUAAACCGGGUGGCACCUUGUUCUGAGCGGGGGGUCAAGGGGUCGAGACCUUUGCCUCAUUUCCUGCUUUCUUGAAAGCCCAUUCAACGCCCGAGGGACACGAGGACAGCAGUGGCCAGGUGCCCGGCGAGACCUUGAAUAUAAGCCAUUAGUUAUUAUUUAAAAGCAAAGACAGACUUUGUGCUGGGAGCGACUCGACACGAAAUGAGAAGAGCACAACGCCGUCAUGGUGGUGCCAGGGUGCCUCUCUAAGGAACGGGUCCGUAAGGGAGCAGCUGGACAAGCCUGCGGGCAGCAGACGCUGGAGUGCCACACCAUGGCUCCCUCCUCCUUUCUUCAUUUUCUUUUAUUUUUUGUGUAAAAUACAUUUGCAGCUGCACAGAGCGCCCCCUGCUGGACCCAAGCAGAGAAAUCGUUACUGUCAAGCCUGACCUGUUCAGACAAAAGGCUCAUCCCUCUUGAGUGUCCUUGCACACCUCUCUAUAUAAACGUAUUGGUUUUCA